UAGUUCGCUUGCCGAGCGCCUGUUGCUAAUCUGCGCCGUGUCAGUCCGCUCGGAACCUUGUCCGCGGUCUAAGGCGGUUUGGCGUAGCGCGCUUCGAAGUAGUGCCGUUUCUGUGACAGAGCGCCUGUCUUUGUACGAUUGCGUGUGUGUGGGUCAGGAGGCUUCACCAGACGGUCAAGCAUAGAUAAAGUGUUUUAGAUUUUGGCGUUGCUACACUGCUGAGGGUCGGCAACAGCCCGAUCAAAACUUGCCACAGGAAGAAAUGGAGGAAAAGUCACUGUUCGAGAGCAAGCACAGCCUCUCGCUAAAAUGUGUCCUCUUCCUAUUCUACGGAGGCUUGGGAUGUAUCUAUCCCUUCCUCCAGUCGAACAUGGCACAGAAGGGCUUCGCUUACAAUGAGAUCUACUCGAUCUCGAUCAUUAUUCCGCUGGCGGCACUGCUCGGCCCGUUCGUGUUCGCCCUGCUCGUCGACAAGUGGGCGAUCGGCAAUGCGUUCGCGUACGGCAAGCGGUUGCGCAUCCUGACCGCCAUUACGCUGAUUGCGUCGAUGGUGCUGUACGUGCUGCUAAUGUUCGCCGUGAGCAGGACGCCACCGCCCGACAUCUGUGCCCCGCAGGCCAGCUUCCUGUGCAAUCGCAAGGGUGCGUUCAUCGUGCAGGAAAAGUGUUCGGACAAUGGCAUCUGCCACGAUUGGGCUGCGGAAAAGACCGGUUUGCUGAACUUGGAGAACUGUACGUACACCUGCCAGAAGGAUAAUCAGUUCGAAAGCACGUGCUAUGCGCGCCAUGCAAAAUCGGCCCAGAUGGCGGCAUGGCUGAAGGAACAGGAAGAUUCGCAGGACGAUGACGAAGGUGCGGUGCUAGAUCUGGGCAGCGGUCAGGGUACGAUCGAGCGCGAUUCGGACGGGGAUGGUAUUCCGGACAAUCUGGAUACGGACGACGAUAAUGAUGGUAUUCCGGAUUCGCGUGAUCCAGACUCGAGCAACGAUCUGGACGGAGACGGUAUCCCGAAUGAGCUGGAUCCGGAUGACGAUAAUGACGGCAUUCCGGACGAUAAGGAUGAUGAUGAUGAUAACGAUGGCAUCCCGGACGAUCAGGACGUGGACGAUGAUAAUGAUGGCAUUCCGGACACGCUCGAGGGUAAGGCCAAGUCGAACGAUCUGGACGGGGAUGGUAUACCGAACGAUCAGGACGAUGACGAUGAUAAUGAUGGCAUUCCGGAUGCGGAAGAUACGGACGAUGACAAUGAUGGCAUCCCGGAUGAUAAGGAUCUGGACGAUGACAACGAUGGUGUGCCGGAUGCGCUCGAGGGUGUGGCCAAAACCAACGAUCUGGACGGUGACGGUAUACCGGACGAUCAGGACGAUGACGAUGACAAUGACGGUAUUCCGGAUGCGGAGGAUGAUGACGAUGACAACGAUGGCAUACCCGAUGCGGAGGAUGUGGACGAUGAUAAUGACGGCAUUCCGGAUGCGCUCGAGAGUACGCCGCGUUCGAAUGAUCUGGACGGUGACGGCAUACCGAACGAGCAGGACGAUGACGAUGACAAUGACGGCAUUCCGGAUGCGGAAGACCCGGAUGAUGAUAAUGAUGGCAUAGCGGACGAGCAGGACGUGGAUGAUGAUAAUGAUGGUAUUCCGGAUGCGCUCGAGGGAAGGGCCAAGUUUAACGAUCUGGAUGGGGAUGGCAUUCCGAAUGAUUUGGAUACGGAUGAUGAUAACGAUGGAAUCCCGGAUGCGGAGGAUAAGGAUGACGAUAAUGAUGGUAUUCCGGACGAUAAGGAUGUGGACGAUGAUAAUGAUGGGGUACCGGAUGCGCAGGAUCGAUCCAACGCGAACGAUCUGGACGGGGACGGUGUGCCCGAUGCGGAGGAUGAUGAUGAUGACAAUGAUGGCAUUCCGGAUGCGGAAGAUGCGGACGAUGACAAUGAUGGCAUUCCGGAUGCGGAAGAUCCGGACGAUGAUAAUGAUGGCAUCCCGGAUGAGCUGGAGGGUCGCCCGGUGACGCACGAUCUGGACGGUGACGGUAUCCCGGAUGAUGAGGAUACGGACGAUGAUAAUGACGGUAUUCCGGAUACGGAGGAUGACGAUGAUGAUAACGAUGGCAUCCCGGACUCGGAAGAUGUGGAUGAUGACAAUGAUGGCAUUCUGGAUGUGCACGAUCAGAACCAGCGCAACAAGAACGAUCUGGACGGGGAUGGUAUCCCGAACGAUGAGGAUCCGGAUGAUGAUAAUGACGGGAUUCCGGACGAGCAGGACAGCGAUGACGAUAACGAUGGUAUCCCGGAUGCGGAGGAUGAUGAUGAUGAUAAUGACGGAGUGCCGGACAGCCAGGAGACGGUGAUCGUGCCGACGGCGAUCGUGUGUGCGGAUGCGGAUGAGGAGGACGAGAUCUGCCACACGUACAGCGAGGGCAUCAUCCAGGUGAAGGCCACGUUUGAUGCGCACAACGAGAAGGACGAGGGAGAUGAGUGCAGUUAUCCGUUGGAUGGUUUCAGAUGUCCGUUGGAUAAGGCCUGGGUUAAGGCACAGCCGGCAGGAUGCAAGCCUGUGGUUCAGUGUGACAUUGCCGAUCCGUACGAGGAGAGCGAGAGUCUUCUGUACGGUACGACUUGCGAUGGUGACGAAGACAACGACGGUGAUGAUGAUGAGGGUGACUCCACCUUCUACUACUACCUGUCGAUCCGUUCGCUGCUCGACUUCUUCCUGCUCAGCGCCCUCACACUGCUCAACACGAUCAUCGUGAUCGUGACGCGCGAUCGCACCACCUCGGGCGUCGCCGACUUUGGCCGGCAGCUCGUCUGGGGUGCCGUCGGUUGGAUCAUCUUCUUCAACGAUGACUACGAGCAGCCGUACAUGCUGUUCGUGCUGCUGUACACCACUGCCGCCGUCAUCCUGCUCAGCCCACUCAAGAUGGACCUGUCGCCGCCGGAAGAGUGGUGGCAGCUGCGCACCGUGCCGCAGAAGUUCCUGUCCGUGCCGGCGUGCCGCAAGUACUUCCAGCGCUGCUGGCUUCCGUUUUUGGUUGCGAUCGGUCUCGGCUCGAUGUGGAGCGUGAUCGACUCGAUCGACGAGUCGCACAUGACCAACCUGCCCACCGACGGCGAGGACGGGGACGACUCGAAGCAACAGUCGACCGUGUUCCAGACGCUCGUACGCACGCUGCUCCUGGCCGGCGAUCUGCUGGCCAUCCCGGUGCUGAUCUACUCCCGGCGCAUCAUCGAGGUGUUCGGCACGUGCAAGAUACUGGUCGGCGCGUUCCUAUCGCUCGUGCUGCGCUUCAUCCUGCUCGCCAUCCUGGACUACGCGCUGUGGGAUGUGGUCGAGGACUGGCUGCUGCCGACGACGCUCGGACUGACCUGGGUCACGCUCGUGCUGCACUUCCGCGAACUGCUGCCGCGCAAGGUGUCGGCCCUUGCGCAAGCCCUGCCGGUGGUGGCACACUUUGGGUUCGGGCGCUUCUUCGGCGCCCUGAUCGGCAUCGAGCAGCACUACCAUCGGCUGGAGAACGAUUACGAGAUCAUUGCGGGCGUCCUGUUCGGGCUGACCAUCAUCAGCGUGGUGCUGUACCGCUACCGGGAGAUUGUGCUGAACUAUCUCGGCCAGUACAUACCGGCACUGAAGCCGGGCGAGUCGAAUGGGGCCGCCACGAAGGCAAAGGGAGAAACGAACGUUUAAACAGCUCAGCGAGGGGCGUAUGUGGGCGACGAUUACAUAUUAGGCCAGAGGGAGGAACAGCCAGGAAGAAAAUUUGUUAAGUGUUUUGCUUUAGUUGCCAAAAUUGUUACCGUUAAUAAAUAGUUUAACGAGGUUUUAGCGCCUCAGCCGUUUCUUUCA